CGCGCGCGCGUUCCCGGCGUCCCAAGCUUGCCAGGGCUUUGCACGAGAGUAACCUGACGGAGCCGCGGAUUGUACUGGAGAGAAUCCCACUCCUCCUCCUCCUCCCUCUACCUCAGCAUGGCGGCCCUGAGCAAGUCCAUCCCGCACAGCUGCUAUGAGAUCGGUCACACGUGGAACCCGUCAUGCUUCGGCUCUUACCUGCAGAUCACACAGGGCGCCAUGGAGGAGGCUUUCAAAAUCUACGCGCCGCUCUACCUGGUUGCAGCAAUCCUACGGAGGAAGAAUUUAGAUUACUACAUACACAAACUACUACCUGAACUAUUGCAAUCAACGUCCUUCUUAACCGCUAAUGGAAGCCUGUACAUUGCCUUCUUCUGCAUUCUAAGGAAACUGCUUGGAAGAUUCUACUUCUGGACGCCUGGAUUUGGUGCUGCCUUACCUGCUUCUUAUGCUGCUAUUCUGAUUGAAAGGAAAAGCAGGAGAGGACUGCUGACAAUUUAUAUGGCCAACCAGGCCACAGAGGCAUUGUUUCGAAUGGGCGUGACCAGGGGAUAUAUUAAGCCAAUAAGACACGGAGAGGUCCUUUUAUUUUGCAUGACGGCUGCGCUCUACAUGUUCUUUUUCAGGUGCAGGGAUGGCCUAAAAGGAUUUGCCUUUUCAGCUCUUAAGUUCAUUGUGGGAAAGGAAGAAAUCCCAGCACUUGCCUUAUUGCCGGAGAACACGUUUCCUCAUGCAGAGCAGCAGAGCCAAGAGCACAGAGGGGUCUCCAGGAGCAGCCUCAAGAAGCUCAUGGAUACAAUAUGCAAACAUGGACCAAGACACAGAUGUUGCAAACAUUAUGAAGACAACUGCAUCUCCUACUGCAUUAAGGGCUUUAUACGAAUGUUUAGCAUUGGUUAUCUGAUCCAGUGCUGCCUUCGCAUCCCGUCCACCUUCCGACACCUGUUUACAAAACCUUCCCGCUUGCUGUCCCUGUUCUACAAUAAGGAGAACUUCCAGCUGGGGGCUUUCCUCGGAUCUUUCGUCAGUAUUUAUAAGGGUACCAGCUGCUUCUUGCGUUGGGUUCGUAACUUGGAUGAUGAGCUUCAUGCACUUGUAGCAGGAUUUCUGGCUGGAAUAUCCAUGAUGUUUUACAAAAGCACCAGCAUUUCCAUGUACCUAGCGUCCAAACUGGUAGAGACAAUGUACUUCAAAGGCAUCGAGGCAGGAAAAUGUCCUUAUUUCCCACAUGCGGAUAGUGUUAUCUACGCAGUCUCUACGGCAGUUUGUUUCCAUGCGGCUGUUAUGGAAGUCCAGAAUUUGAGACCAUCCUACUGGAAAUUUCUUCUGAGGUUGACGAAGGGCAGGUUUUCACUGAUGAACAGGAAAGUCUUGGAUGUUUUUGACUCUGAAGCAUCUAAAACCUUCAACAAUUAUGUCCCUAAGUUGGAUCCAAGAUUCUGCAUUGUAAAUCCAGAGCUGCCUCUUGACUUAUCCUGAGAUCUGUUCAUAUGAAGCCUCCUGGUCGUCGAGACAAAUAAAUGAAGAAGCUCCAGGGCUUCUCUCCAGUAUUAAUUAAUUUGCCCCAACCAAUCCAAACAUGGCUUAAUUCUUGCUGAACCUCAUCCCAUCAGUAGAUUUAUAGAAUUGGAUAAACAGUAGAGACGGUGAUGACAAGGUCGACGUCACUCAGAAACACUGACCAUUGUGAAUGUUUCUGUGUGUUGGUGUCUUGAUCGCCAGUUAAUGAAAUACUCUAAUUUAGCAGAGUAAUUUAUGACGUAGACUGAAGAUUGUAUUGGUAAUUGAACUAAAAGCGAUGAUAACCUCUACAAAUGUCUUAAUUUGCCUCUCUGUAAAAGGGGAGCAUGUGAGCAACAUCCAGCUCUCUGUACAACCACAACAUUGAAUCCUGGUUAUAAUUCGGUUCCAAGUACCAUCAGUUAUAGACAUGGAGCACAUUUUUGGAAUUUCACUUUUUGGAUUAUGUAAUCAAAUUAAAAUGUGAAAGAA